CAAAAAUGUAUGAAAUGUAUUUUUUUCAUAUUGAAAUGAAAAUUUCUUCAAUUCAAAGUAUGAUUUUGCAGAUUCGUGAUUACGCGAUACAACUCUGCAUUUUGUGCGAAUGAAUAUGAAAAUUAUGGACACCUGUAGUUUGCGAUUCUCCGAGGGAGGUCUCUUUGUAGUUUUCCCUGCGGAUCCUAGUGGAUCCUUAACCUAAUUAGAGCAGAGUGUAAAAAUUGAAAAAGUAGAAAUAUCUCCGACAUGAUCGAAUCUUGUACGAAAAAACGAAUGUUGUUAGGUAUAACAUUUUUAGGAGGAUUGACAGUAUUAGCGUUAAUUAUUGAGAGUCAUUGGACGAACAGCACGAGUAAGCUUUACAUCGAUAAUUACGAGAAUAAUUCCUCCUGCAUCUCUGGCGAGGAAUACGAGGUAAUAUCAGAGUGCCACCCAUGCACCGCUUUUGAAAUUGCCAGCGAAAGUAUCGGAAUUUGUGUCCGUGCCAGAUAUAAGGAAGUGUUGAAGUGCAAGAGUGGUGAAACGAUAACAAGAAGCUGUGACAAAGUGGCUUGGUUGGAAGAAAGAGCGUUCUGGAAGUUUGAAGGUUUCAUGUUUGCUGCGACAGUUAUCUCUUGUUUCAUUGUAUAUUGGAGAGAGAAUGUAUUGAGACAGAGGAUAAUUCGAAAAGUAGCAAGGCAGUUGCGAAUUAGUGUGUGAGUGUUCUGGGUUAGGAACUGAUAUAUAAGAGUUUGUAUAUUUUAUAAUUUUAUAUUUCUAUCGCUUGUUUAGAAAAAAUAGAUGAAAAUGAGUGAUGUAUAUUUAGCAAUAUAUUCCAUAGCAGACAUGUGUCUUGCUCCGAUAG